AACGCAGUAACUACAUAUUUGGUCAAGACUGGUAAUGGACUUAGAAACAUAUCCUUUGUGUUGUGUCAAAGUUUCGUGGCUCAACUGUGUCCCGUUUCAGAGAAAACACUGUUAAAUUUGCAGUAACUACAAAUUCCAACCUUUUACAAAGGCAAAACGCAGCAAGUGACGUUAAGGCGUUCUACCUUGGUAGCCGCUACACCAAAUUCUGCGACCCACCGAAAAGUGUGACCCCAGGGGGCGCAGUUGCAUAUUUUCUGCAAUAUGCACGAGUUUGAAGCGUAGACAGGCAUGACAAAAACAUACAUAAAACACAAGAUCUCCCCCAACCAAUUACCUUUUUAUUAAAGAUGCUUAAUUAAUGCAUUUGAUUGAUUUGAUUAGCAUUUUACAGACCCUUGCAAGGGAUAGGGCGUUUAGUACGGUCCUUCACCGUUGCUUCUUUACCCAUACAAAUCUACAGUCAGUGUUAAAUUGCGUUGAUUUACUUUUGAGCAUUUUGUAUUAUAGGCUACUGUGUAAAACGCUGUUUAGAAUUAAUGUUAGCAUCAAGAAAAGAAAGACUCACCGGUGGGGGGAGAUCUUAUGAUUUAUUUACGUUUUUGUUAUAAUCCACACGUGCACGUUGCAGAAAAUGUGCAACAGCGCCCCCUGGGGUCACACCUUUCGGUGUAACACCGGAGUCAGAAUGCCGCUAGAUAGAUCGCUGGUAAGAUCGUAUCGUAGUAUGUUUUGGUCGCUUGUUGUUCUAAUGUGUCUGCCUCGCAAACUCCACUCGUCAGCAAUGAGGAAGCAAAGUUAGAAUUAUCUGAUUGAACGCAAGAUCCCACAGUUCCAUGACGUGUGGCUCUUGGAGAAAGUCACGACUGGACGCAGUUACCGGACACCACACCAUUCAAGCCCGUUUCCACGAUGCAGGAUGCCAAACUGACCCCCCACACACCGUCUCCGUGGGUACACAGACGUGGGUUUCUCCACACGGGGUCUCGGAUGGCACACAGCCUUACAGAGAGGCAACGGUGGCUUGUCCCAGAGUGGGCCCUGAAACCAUGUCCGGUUUCCGAGAUCUCCCACCGUCUCCCACCCCUAUAGGAGCCCCAGGUUUCAGUCCGAGCAAUAGACUUUGUAUGGAGAUGGAGGUGGAAGUCCCUAUAACAGAGUUCAAAGUGGAGCCCCUUGACUCAUCAUCUAACCCCGGCAACUCUGUUGUGAAAGAGGAGCCAGACAGUUUGUUUGGACUAAGGGCCACGCAUGACAAUGCAAAAUACAUAGUAUUCGAAGGCUGCCUCAGAGAGCUGUUCGACAGCUGCCCGGUGUGCAGGGGACAGUGUGAGGUCCAGCGGCGACGCCAUGGGACCUACGUGGCAUUCAGUCAGCAUUGCAGACACUGUCGUUACUCAAGAGGGUGGCAGAGCCAGCCCAUUGUUGGAAGCACCCCCCUCGGCAACCUUCAGCUUUCAGCUGCCACAUAUCUUACUGGUGCAUCCUUCUUCAAACUGGCCAGGAUCUUCAAGGCCAUGCAGCUUCAGACCUUCAACCAGGACACCUUCAGGAGGCACACUCGGUGUUUCCUGGAGCCGGCUGUUGUCCACAAAUGGAAAAAGGAACAGCAGAUUCUGUUUCAGAAGCUACACCAGCAGGGAAAGGUUACAGUCUGUGGAGGUAUGCGAGCAGACUCUCCAGGGCACAAUACAAAGUUCAGCACCUAUAGUCUUAUGCACAUGGAGAGCAACACCAUAAUAGACGUUCAGCUGGUCAAGAGCAAUGAAGUAGGCGGUAAUGACCACAUGGAGAUGGAGGGAAUGAAACAAAGCCUUGACCUUCUGGAGCAGAACGGUUUAGAGGUGGACUACAUGGUUACUGAGCGUCAGCCACAGAUUCUGAAUCAUCUGAUGGAACGCAAGAUCCCACAGUUACAUGACGUGUGGGUCUUGGAGAAAGUGGAUAAGAUACUCCACAACGAAGCGGUCUUCUGUGAUGUGGUGCAGAUGAGUCAGCGCAACCAGACCUCCUUCCUGGAGGCCUUCCACAGCCUCAUCCAGAGUUUCGCACCCCAGAAGGUGGAUCUCCCUUUCAUGGGACUGUUGUGCAGGUUGUACUUGGCGAUCAUGCACUACAAUGAAAAUGCGGAGCGCAAGCAAGCUGGAACACAUCCCGGGCCAGCUGUCAUCAAAACAGACCCCACUUACAACUAUGUGGAUGCACUGCUGAAGCUUGUCUUUGAGGAGGUGGUUGAGAAUCCAACACCAUUUGUUGACGAGUUGAAGUCCAUCCCCGUCCCUGACCACGCAUAGGCCCAGUACGCGGAGGACGACGUGGGACCAAUUUUGCUGUCGACCAAUUGGGGGCCGUGCAGCACCAGCUGACCUGCACUGCCAUGAUGAUGCCAACUCCAACGGGGCCUACAUGGCGAUAGGCCACUUGCAGAAUCCCCUAAAGAACAGUGUUUGACUGCUUUUAGACUUUACAGAUUUGUACUGGCCUUGUAUUGUUGAAUUUGUUUUCAGAUUGCAUACUACUACCAGUGAGCUCUGGAUCAUCCAGACACCUGCUAGGAACUGGUCUGAGUUUAUAUCAGUUUUCUUCAAAUAAAACAAAUUCUCAAAAAGCCAAAGCCUUAUAAACAUGAUUGUAUUUAGAAAUCUCAAACCGCACUGUCCGAUGUCAUCAUCCACGCCACCCACUGGGAGUCCCUGAUUGGCAGACAGAAUUAUGUUCAGAGCCAAGACGCCAUCGUCAGGCUGGUGGCAGACUUAUAUCUGGAGGUAAAACUGGAGAUAAUAUAAUAGGCUCCCAUGGUUAUUAUUGCCUUUGCUAGGACUUACAACACGGUUCUCCAGAACUGUCAACCAACAGCCGUCACUGCUGCUCCACCCAGACGCUGGCUGUUAUCAGGUCGGAGGCUUAGUUCGGAUCGCAACUCACGUGACAUUAAAUUGCAUAAAUACGAUGUUCUAUGCUGAUUGGUUGAUUAAGACUUGGUUGUGUGAGACUGGACGCCCUCCCGGAAUAUUGAAGCUGGCACGAGGUUGAUAGCACUGCAACAUAAACCUCCAGUAUGUACAGAUGACGGCACAACACCAUUUUAUUAAUGCAUGUUUUCAAUAGGAUCCAAAUGAUAUAUGCUUUAUUGGUCACACAAAAUAUAACGGGACGCACUUUUUUUCGCACAGAGCCCCUGUUGGGUGCGGUGUGUAUUUUUUUGAAUUAUUAUUUAUUGUUUGAACUGCACAGUAUGCCAUAUGUUCACGUUUUUAACAAGAAACAAAUACAAAUACUCACACUAAGAACCAAACACUCUGCUAGCAGUCUUUGUCUUGCUAACAUCAACGGGUGUAAAGGGAUGAAAGGUUGAGCGCCUCGCCGUGGGCCCAUGCGGCCUGUUGGAUUGAUUUAGCCCAGAAAGUAUAACAGAAACUAUAAGGGAGAGAGGUACACGUAAGACAAUGGUUACAAUAACAUUCAACAAGGCAAUACAAAUCUAAACAGGACCGCAAAAAACCUUCAACACCAAAAACAUACGUUUGAUAUAUAAAAAAAAUACCACGAUGAAAGAAAAACAAGAACAUGGAGGGAUGCAAAAGCAAUUGUCUUGAUUUAAAAUUGAUCAUUUUUUUCUUCUUCUACUUUUCAAUCUUUCUGAUUAAGACAGAUUUGUCCUUUUCCUGAGUCAGUAAGAGAUCAUGUUCUCAUGUUUUUUGUUUUUUUUCGUCUCCGAAACCUUUCGAGCCUGAUUGCCUGGCUAGCUGACGCUGCAAAGAAUUGGGAAUUUACAAACCUUUAGGUAGGAGAUGCUAACUAAACGCUCAAUGUACUGAAGUUCAAUUCAAACGAGCCCGAUAAAUCACAACAGCAAUUGUUACUUGAGUUGACUAUCGAUCAACAUACAAUAUCAAACUAACUACUGACAGCAGUUGGCAUUUAUUUGAGCAGUUUUUUCUAUUAUUAUUUUUUGGUUGGAAAGGGCAACUCAUUCCAUAGACCAGAUCACGUUCCCCCAUCACUGGAAGUCACAAACUACGGCCAACGUCUUUAUGUUACAUUCAGGGACCCCUAGGCCAGAAGGUGACAAGUGGGCCAAACUACAGGCUGCUCAUCGCUCAGCUAACAGCUCAUUCCCUUAGUGGCUGAUUACGUUUCCUGGCUGAUAAAUACAUGGGAAACCUAAAAAAAACAAAAAAAAAACAUUGUUUUUCUCAAAUCAAACAAAACAAAAA